GAGAUGAACAUUCAGCCUUAACAAAAUAAAGCAGAAGACAAAAAGCUUUAUAUUUUUCAGAAGUUGAAACCAUGAAUGUUGAAGAAGAGGUUGAGAAACUCAAAGUAGAGAUUCAAAGACUUGGAAAUGUCCAAGCUGAUGGCUCUUACAAGGUCACUUUUGGUGUGCUAUUUAACGAUGAUAGAUGUGCAAACAUAUUUGAAGCACUAGUCGGAACACUAAGGGCAGCCAAGAAGCGCAAGCUUCUUACUUAUGACGGUGAGCUAUUGCUGCAAGGAGUGCAUGACAAUGUGGAAAUCAUUCUCAAGCCAGCUGCUCAGCCCGCAACAGCAACAACAGCCGAGUCAGUUAUCAAGACUUGACAUUUUCAGAAUGUAAUAAAUAAUGAAUACUUUAUGUCAUAAGAAACUUGCUUUUGUAUUUGGUUGGCCUUGUUUAAAUUCUAAAAAGUUUUAAGACAAGAAAGCUAAUGAUAACUCUAUGUUUUUUUUUCCUCUUCA